AACGUGAGGGAGAAAAAUAGAGAGAGAAAGACAGAGAUGGGGAGUCACUGCGAUGACAGCAUAGUCUCUUCCGUGAAGAUCCCGACGAUCAAGUUCACCAAGCUUUUCAUCAAUGGAGAAUUUGUUGAUUCCAUUUCAGGGAAAACUUUCGAGACAAUAGAUCCAAGAACAGGAGAUGUGAUAGCGAGAAUUGCCGAAGGAGACGAAGAAGAUAUUGACUUAGCUGUCAAGGCGGCUCGUGAUGCAUUUGACCAUGGUCCAUGGCCUCGCUUGCCGGGCUCUGAGAGAGCAAAGAUAAUGAUGAAAUUCGCCGACUUGAUUGAUCAAAAUGUAGAAGAACUAGCUGCCUUGGAUACGAUUGAUGCUGGGAAAUUGUUUAGCAUGGGCAAGGCCAUGGACAUUCCACAGGUUGCAGCUACUCUUCGUUACUAUGCAGGUGCAGCUGAUAAAAUUCAUGGAGAUGUACUAAAAAUGUCCCGUGAAUUCCAUGCAUACACGUUGCGUGAACCUAUUGGUGUCGUAGGACACAUCAUUCCUUGGAACUAUCCAAGCACCUUAUUGUUCAUGAAAAUUAGCCCUGCUUUAGCCGCCGGGUGCACCAUGGUUGUCAAGCCUGCUGAGCAAACGCCUCUAUCGGCUCUCUAUUAUGCUCAUCUUGCUAAGCUGGCGGGCAUGCCAAAUGGAGUGCUCAAUGUUGUAACCGGAUUUGGACCAACAGCUGGGGCAGCUGUUAGCACUCACAUGGACAUUGAUGCGAUUAGUUUCACUGGUUCUCCUGAAGUAGGACGUAAAGUAAUGAAGGCGGCAGCAGAAAGCAACUUGAAAGUGGUUUCACUUGAAUUAGGAGGCAAGUCUCCCCUUAUUAUUUUCGACGAUGCCGACGUAGAUGUAGCUGCUCAGUUGGCUCUCACGGGCAUCCUGUUUAAUAAGGGAGAAAUAUGCGUGGCAAGUUCUCGUGUUUAUGUUCAAGAAGGGAUAUAUGACGAAGUUGUAAAGAAAUUGGUGGAAAAGGCAAAAGCUUGGGUAGUUGGGGAUCCAUUUGAUCCUGAAGUUCAACAAGGACCCCAGGUCGAUAAGAAGCAAUUUGAAAGAAUUCUUUCCUACAUUGAGCAUGGCAAGAGAGAAGGAGCCACACUGUUAAUUGGGGGCAAACCCUUGGGUGGAAAGGGAUACUACAUUGAGCCUACAAUUUUCACAGAUUUCAAGGAAGAAAUGCUUAUAGCCAAGGAUGAAAUAUUUGGACCUGUAAUGGCCCUUGCCAAGUUCAAAACAAUUGAAGAGGCAAUUGAGAGGGCGAACAAGAGUAGAUAUGGACUAGCGGCGGGUAUCGUGACCAAGGACUUGAAUGUGGCUAACACUGUCUCAAGAUCAAUUCGUGCUGGCACCAUUUGGAUCAAUUGCUAUUUUGCUUUCGACAAUGAUUGUCCUUUUGCAGGGUACAAGAUGAGCGGGUUUGGAAGUGAUUUUGGAUUGGAUGCCCUUCACAAAUAUCUUCAUGUGAAGUCGGUUGUAACUCCCAUUUAUAAUACUCCUUGGCUUUGAACUAAUAUCCCUUCAGUCAUACCAAACAGGGAAACACGUUUAGUAAUAUUAUAAUUAUAUGCAAUAAAAUUGAAGUUAUACACUUUGUUGUAUUCAAAAUGAUCAAUUUGUGUCAAGCUCGAUAUCUCAAAUUCUGUAUUUUGUCAAAGACAUGGUAGCAGCGGGUUGUGUAAUUCGAUUGCUUUUAUUUUAUUUUC